UGUCCUAGUGAAGAAAGAGACAGAGCUGGCCGAUGGAGAGGGGCAAAAUGGUACAGUCAAAAAGUGAGGUGUAAUAAUGGUGCGCAAAGGAGAAAGGCAGCGGCAUUCAAUGCAGAGAUGUUUGUGUUAACUGCCAGUAGUAAAUGAGGUAUUGAUUGGUCUGAAAAGGAUUGGCUUUUAUUUUGCUCUUUGGCCACCGCUACUGCAUCUUCAAAGAGAAAACAAAACACACAAACAGAAGGGGUGGUUGGUGAGGGAGCACUGACAGUAGGCCAGCAGUUGUUGAGAGUCUUCUCUGUUUCUCUUCAUUGUGCUUCUCUCUUGUGCGCUCUUGUAUUUCCUUCUUCAUUACUUAUCAUUUCUUGUUCCUUCUUGGGGAAUUUCAAAUUGGGGUAGUUUUGUUCUUCUUCCUCUUCUUAAAGAGAUGCCUUUGAAUCUGGGUUUCACAACUUUGGUGGGGUUGAGACUCGGGGUGUUGUGGAAUUUGAAUUUGAACCCUCAAAUUAUGGGCCCUUGAAGGAUAAUAUGCUAAAGCUAAUUCUUCUUUGAUCAAAGCCCAAGCUUUCUUUUAUUCUAACCUGGUAUAAAUUUUGUUUUCUUUUUUAUUCAUUCUCUUUUUUAUGGCCAUUUAUUCUUUGAUCUUACAAAAGCUCUGAGUCUUAGUUCAACAAUCUUUGUUUCUGAAUGUUUUGGGCAAUAAAGUAAAGGGCUCUGUACCUAGAUUACGAUUGUUUUCAAAAAGCUAAAGCUUGAUUCUGAAACAAAACAUAAACCCCUUUUGCUUUCCGCCCUAGUUUUAAACUUGUUUUGCUUUUAUUUACGGCUUCUUUGAAUUAAACGAGAAAAAAGUUUGGUUCUUGGUUGAGCUUGGGCUGGGUUUGGUUUCUGCAAAUUAGCUAGAUUUGAUACAGUGAGGGAAGAGGGGCAGCCAUUGAUGCAUUUUUCACUAUGGAAACCAAUAUCCUUCUGUGCAGCUUUAGUAGCGGACAGGAAAACCAAAAGGAGAAAUGGUUCUGGUUUGAAAGAGGACGUGAAGAGAAAGCCUUCUAUGCUCCGCCAAUUGCAAGAAAACAAACUCAGAGAAGCUCUUGAAGAAGCAUCUGAAGAUGGUUCUCUCGCUAAAUCCCAAGAUAUUGAUUCUGCGUCUUUGAACCAAGAAGGAAACAUGGGACGAUCAAGGUCACUGGCCAGGCUCCGUGCCCAAAAUGAAUUCUUGAAUGCCACCUCCCAUGUUGCAGACCGGACUUUUUGCUCUGAAGACUCCAUUCCAAACCUCCAAGAUGCCUUUUCUAAGUUCCUCACGGUGUACCCCAAGUUUCAAGCAACGGAGAAGAUUGACCAUCUGAGAGUGGAGGAGUAUGGGCAUUUAUCUGAAUCUUCUGCUAAGGUAUGUCUCGAUUACUGCGGGUUUGGGCUGUUCUCUUAUAAUCAAACUCAAGAGUAUUGGGAUACAUCAACAUUUACUUUGUCUGAAAUUACUGCCAAUUUGAGUAAUCAUGCUCUUUAUGGAGGCGCUGAGAGUGGCACUGUGGAACAUGACAUAAAGACUAGGAUUUUGGAUCAUUUAAACAUCCCUGCAAAUGAGUAUGGCCUUGUUUUUACUGUUAGUAGAGGGUCAGCAUUUAAAUUGCUUGCUGAAGCUUACCCUUUUCAAAGAAAUAAAAAACUGUUGACUAUGUUUGAUCAUGAGAGCCAGUCUGUGAUUUGGAUGGCUCAAUGUGCUAAAGAGAAAGGUGCUAAGGUUUACAAUGCUUGGUUUAAAUGGCCCUCAUUGAAACUUUGCUCUACGGAGCUGCGAAAACAAAUUUCAGACAAGAAAAGGAGGAAGAAAAGCCAUGCAAAUGGUCUUUUUGUGUUUCCUGUUCAGUCUAGAGUGACUGGGGCAAAGUAUUCUUACCAGUGGAUGGCCCUUGCUCAACAAAACAAUUGGCAUGUAUUGCUUGAUGCUGGGUCAUUAGGUCCCAAGGAUAUGGAUUCUCUUGGCUUGUCCUUAUUUAGGCCAGAGUUUAUUAUCACGUCAUUUUAUAGGUUAUUUGGAUAUGAUCCAACUGGUUUUGGAUGCCUUCUGAUCAAGAAAUCUGUGAUGGCAAGCUUGCAAAAUCAGUGUGGGCAUACCGGCUCUGGAAUGGUGAAGAUCCUCCCUAUUUAUCCACAGUACCUAGGUGACUCUAUAGAUGGGCUUGAUGUUUUAGCUGGACUUGAAGAUGAAACUGUUAAAGACAAUGAAGAAUCGUUGCCCGAGAGAAAUGGUGGAUCACAGAUGCCUGCCUUUUCUGGUGUUUUCUCUUCUAAUCAGGUCAGGGACGUUUUUGAGACUGAGAUGGAUCAUGAUAAUAUUUCAGAUAGGGAUGGAGCAAGCACCAUUUUUGAGGAAGCUGAGAACCUUUCAGUUGGUGAUCUCAUGAAGAGUCCAAUUUUCAGUGAGGAUGAAUCAUCAGACAAUUCAUACUGGAUUGAUUUGGGUCAGAGUCCAUUUGGGUCUGAUAAUUCUGGCCAACUGACCAGACAGAAAACAGACUCAAACUUACCGCCAUCAUGUUUUUCUGGGAAGAGAAACAAUAAGCGGCUGUCGCCAAAACUGAAUUCAAAAAUAACUAUGAGUCCAAUUUAUGGUGACACGAAAAUAAACAUGAGAUUGCACGAAGAUCCUGUGUUGUCUUUUGAUGCAGCUGUAUUGUCAGUGUCACAUGAGUCAGACCAAUUUAAGGAGAUCCCUGAAGAACAGCCUGCUGAAACGGACCCUGCUUCAGGAGAUGAUGGUAAAGAUUCCCACAACUUUGGGGAGAUUCAAGAAGAAUCUGGUAUCAGGGAUGAGUCAGAGCUGGCUAAUUCUAUGUUGAGUUCUAAUGUAAAUGGAUUCAAACUGAAGAAUGGUGUGCUUGAAAAUACCUUGGCCCCUGAAAUCAACCAAGAAAAGAAAGAGAGUGCUAUAAGGAGAGAGACUGAGGGUGAGUUUAGGCUGUUAGGAAGUAGGGAAGGGAGUAGGUUUGCCAAUGGUAGAUUUUUUGGUUUGGAAGAGGAAGAUCGAGUGGCAAGCAUGGGCCGCAAAGUAUCUUUUACUGUGGAAGACAAUUGCAAUGAAAAUCCGAGCCGCUUGGAGCCUGGAGAAAUAUCAUUGACUACCUUGAUUAAUGAGGAAUCUGGUACUGAUGAAGAGUAUGAUGAUGAACAAGAGUGCAGAAGAAAGGAGCCUGAGAUAAUUUGCCAGCAUCUUGAUCAUGUUAAUAUAUUGGGUCUAAACAAAACUACCCUUAGACUGCGUUACCUGAUCAAUUGGCUUGUUACCUCAUUGCUUCAACUUCGGCUACCUAGUUCAGAUGAAAGCAGGGGAUUGCAUCUUGUGCAAAUAUACGGCCCAAAGAUCAAAUAUGAAAGAGGUGCAGCUGUAGCCUUUAAUGUGCGAGACAGCAAGGGAAGAAGACUAAUUGACCCUGAAGUUGUUCAGCAGCUAGCUGAGAAGAGUGAUAUUUCUCUUGGCAUUGGUAUACUCAGUCAUGUACGAGUUGUGGACAAUGUGAAGCAGCAGUGCAGGGAACUCGAGCUUGAAAAUUCAGCCUUGUACCAGCCAAUGGCUAAUGGUUGCCAAGAUGGUAAAAACUUAUUUUUUCGAGUAAAAGUUAUUACAGCAUCACUUGGUUUCCUGACCAACUUUGAAGAUGUUUACAAGACAUGGGCUUUUGUGGCCAAGUUUCUUAAUCCAUCAUUUGUUGAAGGGAAUGAUUUAUCCACGGUAUCUGAAGGUCCAGAAACAUAGAUACGGGACGCUUGUACGGAGAUUUUGCUUUCAUUGAAGGAAAAAUUGUAAAACCUAAAAAGAUGGACCCUUCUGACACUCCUUGCAACUUCCCCCAAGAAGGCUUCUUGUGACUCAAAUUGAUCGGAGAUAUUCAAGCCAACCGGAAAGGAUGCAAAGGUAUGGUACUGGAUGUUUUGUUUCUUUUGCCCUUCCCUUGGAUCAAUUACUUGUGAGAAGAUGGAUUUUUUUCUUCAUUCUUGUUGAAAAUAUCUUUUUGGUGUAUUAAUCGUAUUCUAGCAUCAUGUAGAGUUUGGUUUAAAUUGGCAUGUCAGCUUCAGAUUUAAGUAUUUUGUAAUGCAAAAUAGAAUUGAAAAGGUUAUGAACACACAGAAGAGAGCUUCCGCUUUUGACAAAUGCAGUGAAGUUCAAAUCUUGCGCGUAUCCUUUGUUUUCUCCAUUGUUCUUUCCUCUCUUAUUAUAUAUCAGAUCGAUAAUCAUCUCCAAAACAAUCUGUUAUCAGGAAAAUUUCUAUUUUCUUUUCAUCAUCCAAGUUUUCAAGCACCAAUAAAAGAACCUUUUUGAAGCAGAAAUGGUGGCACCAGCUGGAGUUGUGCUA